GGAGCUUGCAGACGCGCCGCGGUGGGAGGGCUCUCUCUGACAGGAGGAAGAAGGCUUGUGAGUGGCAGCGGGAUCGGAGCCUCUAAAGCCGGCUGUUACCUUCUCUGUCGUCUCCUUCUCGACUCCGGGGAUCUAUGGCUAAGAAAGGGAUUACCAUCUGUAAUGUGUGCUGCCUGCUCCUUUACAUCGCGACGGCGGUGCUGGCCAGUCGAGAUUUCUAUAAGAUCCUGGGGGUGAGCAAGUCUGCAUCCAUCAGGGACAUAAAGAAGGCCUACAGAAAGCUGGCUCUGCAGCUACACCCCGACAGGAACCCCGACGACCCCGACGCCCAGGACAAGUUCGCAGACCUGGGAGCAGCUUAUGAGGUCCUGUCCGAUGAGGAGAAAAGGAAACAGUAUGACAAGUACGGAGAAGACGGUCUCAAAGAAGGCCAUCAUAGUUCCCACAACGAUAUCUUCUCCAGCUUCUUUGGGGAUUUUGGCUUCAUGUUUGGGGGAAAUCGGCAGCAGCAGGACAGGAACAUCCCCAGAGGAAACGACAUCGUCCUCGACCUUGAAGUCACGCUAGAAGAGGUGUACUCUGGGAACUUUGUGGAGGUUGUGCGAAACAAGCCUGUAGCCAAAGAAGCUCCCGGUAAAAGGAAGUGUAACUGCAGGCAGGAGAUGAGGACGACGCAGCUCGGACCGGGCCGCUUCCAGAUGACUCAGGAGACGGUGUGCGACGAGUGUCCCAACGUGAAGCUGGUGAACGAGGAGCGAACCUUGGAGGUGGAGAUUGAGCAGGGGGUGAGAGAUGAGAUGGAGUACCCCUUCAUCGGAGAAGGCGAACCUCACAUCGACGGCGAGCCCGGAGAUCUGCGAUUCCGCAUCAAAGUGCUGAAACAUCCGGUGUUUGAGCGCAGAGGAGACGACCUUUACACAAACGUGACCAUUUCUCUGGUCGAGGCGCUGGUCGGCUUUGAGAUGGACAUCGUACAUUUGGACGGUCAUAAGGUCCACAUAGUGAGAGACAAGAUCACUAAACCCGGAGCUCGACUGUGGAAGAAAGGAGAAGGUCUGCCGAACUUUGACAACAUCAACAUCAGAGGUUCCCUCAUCAUCACCUUCGACGUAGAGUUUCCUCAGACACAACUGGACGAUCAGCAGAAAGAUGGUAUUCGGAGUAUCCUGAAGCAGGGAUCGGUACAGAAGGUUUACAACGGACUACAGGGAUACUGACCCAGCGACAGACUCAGCCUGGACUCAUUUCUUUACUACAACCACAGGAAUACACUUGUUCAAGAUGUAUUUAUUAUUUACAGACUGUUCUCAGGACGGUUCAAUCUUGAUGGCUUUUAUUUUUUAAUCAUCUUGUCGGGAGCAGCAACAAUACUUUUAUUUAAGUGUAAAAUCAGGUGACGCUUCUGUAAACCUUUUUUUUUUUUUUUUUUUUUUUCUUGUCCUAACAAAGUCUACUGUAACAAUUUCUAAAUGUCUGAAACAAGCAACCUGGAGAAGACCUUUCUUUACAGUAACAAGAAGCCACAUUCGGAGUAAAUCUGCUCAGCUCUAAUUCUCACUUUAGACACUUUUUUUUUUUUUUUUUUAAAUGGGAAGGAACAAAACUAAUGUUUGUUUUUAGUUUUCCUAAUUUAUGUUGUUUGCUUUUGGCUCCUGACGGGAGAGGUGUCAUGCUGCGCUGCUCCCAGGUUCACUGUGGUGAGAGUUGAUCUCUUCGGUUAAACAGUGAGCACAGUUCUCUUUGGAUAUUUAGAGAAUUGUUUACUCCUCUUCCUACACCCCUAUAGACAUUUUUUCACCCCUUUCUACCCCCUCACUGAAGACUCAAUGGGACUCCAGCCUCCCCUUGGGAUUUUUAACGGGGCUUUCUGGUUUUGAUGCGACUGCAGCGCCGCCUCUCAGUCCAAAUUCUAAGGCGCUGAUGAAAACUAUCUGGCCAUUUUUACAUGUACAAGGGGAUAAUGUUCUUUACUGAAAAUAUAAAUAAAGAUUUAUACAAAUGUGACUAAAUGUCAUACCAUAAAUUUACCACUAGAUGGCACCAGAGUCGAAUAAAUGGCAUUUUACCAGCACUGGUUCUGUGCACAGUGCCUGCAGUUUAUCACUCGGGUCAUGUUGGGUUCUUAAACCUGCUGGUACCAAAGCAGAGACAUUGAGGUUUUUUUUGUGCUGCUAAAGUGUGUCUAUUUCUUACUGGAAAUAAAACUCUUAGCUCCCAGAA